CUCCUCACUCACCAUUCCAGACAAGCACCUGUCACUCACCUGUUCCCUUCACUUCUCCAAGCAGGGGAGCAGGUGUGGGACAAGCUUCACUACUCCUAGGCUGUCAGUCAGACGAGCUGCAUGUGCUGCACGCUUUUCUCACUCACACCCACCUACGCCGCUUCCUUCGUACCUGCUGAUUUUCCUUGUGAAACGCCAGAGGCACCUCACGUAGCGCAGCUCUGUUCGUCCCGCCAUGGACCGCUUUCUUUCGACCAAUGAGCGGUCCAACUACCCGCCAACCGGCGACCGGCCGUUACACGUGCUGUCGGACGACUCUUCCACGUCAACCACGCCUUUCGCCAACGACGACCGCCUCGGCUCCUUCGCUUCCUCCACCUCCUUCCGCGAUAACCACAACUCGUCGCUUCGUGGCUCCUUCGCCGAUUCCUCCGCUCAAUUACUGCCUAUGGCGGCACCUCCUACCGAGCCGCCGCCAUCCUUCGCCGCGCGGAAAGAAGCCGAGACGCGGAAAGGAAGCAAGCCGUCGGGUAAUCUCUCUGCAGUAGCCGAGCGGAGCGACAGCCACGGGACAUGCAAUAGCGGGGACGACGAGGGCGGCGGCGAGCACAAUGACACUAAGAGCCGGUCGACGUGUCAAUGCGUGUGCAUCGCGCGGAAGGGCCCGCCUUGGUGCAACGGGCUGGUCGUUCUCCCGUUCUACCUCCCCCAGGAAUGGCGCGAGCCCAUGGCGAAAGCCGCGGAGGCCCUUAGGCACCCCAUCGCCAUCGCGACGCUGGUGAUGAUCGGCAUGCUCACCGUCUCCGGCGCGCUGCUCUUCUUCACUCUCACCGGCAUGUGGAAGGCUUUCGGCGGGACGGAGGAGAAGCUGUGGUUCGAGUUCUCGAAUCAGGUUCUUAACGGCGUGUGCACGCUUAGUUGCCUCGUCAUGCAUCCGCUCCGGUGUUACUACGUCGUGCGGUUGAUUCGCUGGAGCCCCAUCGACGUCGCCAGCCUUCGUGCGCUGCUGUCGGCGGCGGGCGCGUUCGUCGCGAAGCCGAACGAGCGGCGACACAUGGCCGUCGUGCUGACGCUGCUGCAACUCAACUGCAUCUUCCAAUACGCGAUAGAGGUCAUUCUCUGGACAAUCCCCGAGCCGCAGCGACCCGUACCCCUUAUAGCCUUCCUCGUUUGUAUCGCUCUCGGCUCGCCGUUCACAGCAGGCUUGUACUGCAUCUUCAGCCCUCUAGGAUGGGCCACGGCUGACCCGCCCGUUCGGAAGAGCUUUAGAAGCUUCGGGAGGAGUAGCGCGGGGUCGCAGAAGUCCGUGAGCGAGUCGCAGAGAUCCGCAGGCGAAUCGCAGGGAGCGAAAGCGACGCCGUGCCCGCUGUGCGACGGGGUGUUAGCAGGCGAGGGGAAGAUGGAGGUCGUGGUGGUGGCGGAAGGACAGGCGCACGGGGACGCGGGGAAGCAGCGCACGGGGGUGGUGCGCGGGGAGGAGCAGCAGUGCGCGGUAACGGAGGAGCUGCCACUGGCGGAAGGCGGAAAGCUGCCCGCGCGGAGGCGGUUUGGGGAAUACGAGGAGAUAGUGGCGCAAGAGGGGGAGAGGACGCUUCAGGAGCCGAAGCAGUGGCGGAUCCCGGUGUGGCGGCCGGACGGGGAGAGGCGUGAAUGGCAGGGGUCGGUGUUUGACUGCUGUACUGGCGGGUGGUGCAGUGCGGUCAGCGCCACGCUCUGCUGCUUCUGCGUGCACGCGCGGCACGUGGAGCGAGCUGGGUUCGGCAACUGGAUCGUUCACACCGCCAUGUUCAUCUUCUUUCUCUUCGGCCCGAUCGUGAUCUUCACUAUGGGUGCUCGCAACACCCCGAACGGCGUCAUGCAGUGGUUCGUGUUCAGCCUGGGCGUGCUGGGGAGCGUUCUCGGGGCGACGUACGGCGGGUACUGGCGGUGGAAGGUGCGGCGGACGUUCCUGCUGCCAGAGCAGGAGUGGUGCUGCGGGCACAAGGCGCUGACGGACUUUGCGGCGUGGUACGUGCUGCCCUGCUGCUCGCUGUGCCAAGAGAUGCGCACCGUGCGCCACUACAGCCUCCACAUGCUCGUACACCUGCCGGACCAGGGGGGGGAGGAGAGAGGGACGGGGGGGCAGGGGCAGGGGCAGGGGAAGGAGAGCAAGGUAGAAGGGGCGGUGAAUGGGUGCCAAGGGUGCAGAGCAGGGAAGGCGAUGGAAGGAGGUGCCAGGGAGGCAGCCAUGCUAGCACCGGUGUGUGUGACCAUGGAGGAAGGCGGGAUGCGAUGAGAGAGGGGAUGGGAGGAGGUGGGACUAAGGGUGGAUAGGGGUGGAGGAAGAAACCUUGAUGUGAAUAUUUUCUGUACCAUUCAUUUCUUUGAGGUUGUGGGGUGAUUGCUACAUCUCUAGGUUACCUUCUAACUGCAUUUUCUGUUCAUGACCUUGUGUGGUUCUGGAGAUGGUCUGUAGGGUGUACAGCAUUUCCGUUAGCUUAGUACUACAC